AUGCAGUUAACGCAUCAGCUGGACCUAUUUCCCGAAUGCAGGGUGACCCUUCUGUUAUUUAAAGAUGUAAAAAAUGCCGGAGACUUGAGAAAAAAGGCCAUGGAAGGUGCUAUUGAUAGUUCAUUGAUAAACCCUACAGUGAUUGUCGAUCCAUUUCAGAUACUUGUGGCAGCAAACAAAGCAGUUCAUCUCUACAAACUAGGAAAAAUGAAGACGAGAACUCUGUCUACUGAAAUUAUUUUCAACCUGUCCCCAAAUAACAAUAUUUCAGAGGCUUUGAAAAAAUUCGGUAUCUCAGCAAAUGACACUUCAGUUCUAAUUGUUUGCAUUGAAGAUGGAGAAAAACAAAUAGAUAAAGAAGACCUAAUAGCUAAGGUAGAAGGUCAGCAAGUUUCCCUGGAAAAUCUUCCUGAAAUAACAAAUAUUACAGAAGUCAAAAAGAUAUAUAAACUAUCUUCACAAGAAGAAAGGAUUGGGACAUUAUUGGAUGCUGUCAUUUGUAGAAUGUCAACAAAAGAUGUUUUGUGA